AUGAGAGCUAUUGUAUUGCUGUGUCUGUUGCAUGAAGCUUUUGGUCAGGAUACAUUGUUUUCCUGGAAUGGACCUGGUCGCGUAAACGUACCUAUUGCGGAACCCAAUCCAAGCGAUGACUGUCUUCUAAACCAGGCGUCAUGUGGCUGCUGUCUGAUGCAGAGACAAAUACAUAGGAUGGAGUGGUUCUUUAACAUCACCUAUGACGAAAUGAAGAAGGAGCUGACAAAAUCAAAGACAGCCCUCGACAAUAUGAGAGCCAGCCGCAGUGCCUUCUCUGUAGCUCUAAACAAUGAAAAAAGUCCAACCUGCUAUGGGCCUUUCCCCACGGACAUGCUUAUCAUCUACAAACAUGUUUUUAUCAACCUGGGAGAUGGCUACAAUGUGCAGACCGGUAUCUUCACAGUUCCCCGCUCUGGUGUCUACAGCCUCACCGUCACCAUCUACGCCACUGGUUUGCCUGGUAACAAACUGGUCACCUGUGCCAACCUGCAGGUUAACGGCCAAGUGGCAUAUCCGCUAAUCGAACAAAAUGGCCAGGACCUUGAAGACAGUUCUACUGUUGUUAUGGCCAUCAAACUCAAGGCUGGUGACCAGGUGGCUGUUAACAUGCCCAAAGAAUGUUUCGUCUGUGACAACAACAACCACUAUAACAUUUUCACUGGUUUCCUGCUGUAUGCUACUGACUAAGUUUGCAAAUGAAGCCGUUCUGCGCUUUGACAGUUUCUGAGUCUGUUAGAUAAAAUCUUUAUGCGGUGACAGUCGUGACAUGUAGCCCUUAAUCUCUAUCUGAUAUUUUGUACUAUCACCCAACAUAAUGCUGUCAUCCUGAUUUUGUGAGUUUCAUUCCAUCGUGGUUCACUAUUCUUCCUGAGAUCAUUAUCAAUAUUACCUAUUGAGGGAAGCCAGGUUUUUGAUUCACCUUAAAACACAUUUUAUGAAUUUUUGCAUGUCAAGCUAUCUUGGUUGUUAACAGCUGUUUGACCUUCUGAAAUUAUAUGAUGUAAAUUGCUGUACCUGUACUUUACCAACAAAAUAAACCAGACUUUUAAACAUACUGUUGGCAUUCUGUGUUACUUUGAUUAAAUUUCCACCAAAGAAACUAAGGACACA